AUGCUUCUAGAUUGUUCUGGAAUGGCGGGGGCGGGGGCGUUUGCGAACAAUUUCGAAUACAGAAUUGGUUUUGUGCUGAUUGGUUCGGCAGUUGUAUUCGAUGACUGCUUGGCGUUCUGCGACGUUUCGGCUCGGGGAGGUGUGGGCAAUCUUCCCCAGGUAUCUAAGGGCUUAGUAAUGGGUACUGCACUCGGUUGUACAUAA